AUGAAUUAAAUUUCAUACUCUUAAUAGAGUUAGGAAAUUAAAUGUAAUGAUCAUCCUGAUAAACCUGCGCUUUUCUGGUGUAAAUCAAUUGAUUGCAAAGAGAAUCGAAUUUUCUGUCUCAAUUGUUAAAAGUAGAAAAAGCAUGGUUAACAUUACGAUCAAGAUAUCCAAAGUAUUCAAGAAUUACAAUAAUUUUUAAUUGACUAAUCAAAAUAUUCUAAAGUUCUUGUUUCGGAAUGUCAACUUUAAUUCUAACUAACACUUAAUGCAUAUGAUAAGUUGAUUUCAGGUUUAUCAUACAAGUUCUGUGGAAUAGAAGAAAAAACUAAUUAAUUUGAAACUUAUUAAAUAUACUAAGCUCUUGAUUCUAUGGUUUAAUUAGAUGAAUUUAAGAAUCAUUUAAAAAAUAAUAUUUUGGGAUUUCUGUAGAAAUUUUAGAAAAUCUUGGAUGAUCUUUUUGUUUAAUUAGAAUUACAUCUCAUCAAAUAUUAGAUCACUGAUUAAUAGAUUAAAUUAAAUAAAGAAGAAUAUCAAAGAGGUUUUGAUUAAUAUUUAUCCUCUUUUAGGUAUCUCUUUAAAUGCCAAAAAUAAAAAAAAUGAAGCAAUUCAAAUAUUUGAUAGAUUAUUAUUAACUGAACCUUAUAAUAUAGAAAUAAUGUACUAAAAAGGUUAAUAAUAUUAAUAAUUUUAAGCAAAUUCAUUAAAUGAAUUGAAAAAUGUAAGAGAUGCAUUAUAGAUACACAAUAAUAUACUUACAAUUAAUCCAAAAUAUGAAAUCUCAUUUUUGACAAUGGGUAUUAAAUGAUUAUAAUAUUUAGGUAAAAUCUUAAGAAAUCAAAAGUCUUAUUAAUAAGCUUAAUAGUAAUACGAAAAAUGUGUUUAAUUAAACAUUAAUAAUUAAGAAGCCUAAUUUGGAAUAGGUUCUAUUUGAUUAUAUAUAUUAAGGAGAAUGUUUAAGAGAGACUUAUUAAUUUAAUCAGGCUCUAUAAUACUAUCAAAAAGCUAUUGAAAUAGAUUCAUCCAAUAAAGACUAUUUCUAUUAUUAAGGUAAAAGUUCAACUUUAAACUUUUUAGGAGAUUGCUUAAGGUCCUUAAAAAGAUUUCAAGAAGCUAUUAAUACUUAUGAUAAAGUUUUAAUUAAAGACCCUAAUCAUGCAGAAUCUAUGGCAGGAAAAGGUAUAAAAUAAUAAUUAAACAUUUAAGGAAUAUGUCUAAUCUUUUUAAAAAGGAUUGAUGAAGCAAACCUAAUAAUAACAAAAUCACUAAAUUUAAAAAAUAAUUGUCUUUUAGGGUUAUGUGGAUAUGGUAUAGUAUUAGAUGAAAAUGUUAGGAAUUUAUUUAUUUUCAAUUAAUUAGAAAAAAGAAGCUAUUUACUAUUUUGAUAAAGCAUUAGCAAUUGACCCAUUUCAUGUGAAUUCAUUGUAUGGAAAAAGUAAUUGAACUAUAAGAUAUAAAAGGUGGAUGCUUAAGAAUAAUGAAUUAAUAUUAAUAAGCACUUCUGUAAUAUGAUUAAGUUUUGGAUAUAGAUUCAUAGCAUGUCAAUUCAUUGUAUGGAAAAAGUAAUUGAAUUCAAUUAGUAAAAGGUGAAUGCCUAAAAAUGAUGAAAAAAUAUGAAGAUGCAUUAAAAUGGAUCGAAAAAGCUUUAGCUGUUGAUUCAUAGCAUGUGAAUUCAUUAUAAGGAAAAGGUAAAUUGGCUUAUAGUUAUAUUAUUAAGGAGGAUGCUUAAAAAAGAUGAAUAAAUUUCAAGAAGCACUAGAAUUUUAUGAUCAAGCCUUGUUAUUAGAUCCAUAGCAUUUUUAUUCAUUGUAUGGAAAAAGUAAAUGAGUUCAAUUAAUAAAAGGUGAAUGCCUAUUAAUGAUGAAAUAAUUUGAAUAAUCAAUAGAAUAGAUAGAAAAAGCUUUGGCUAUGCAUCCAUAACAUGUUAAUUCAUUGUUAUUGAAAGGUAUAUUGAUAUAUAAUGAAUAAAAGGUUAAUGCUUAAGAAUGAUGAAUAAAUCAGAAGAAGCUCUAAAAUGGUAUGAAAAAGCUUUGGCAUUGCACCCAAACGAUGUGAGUUCAUUAAACGGAAAAGGUAUAUUUGAUAAUAUUUAUUAAAGGUGAAUGCCUAAGAAUGAUGAAUCAAUAUUAAUAAUCAUUCGAAUAUUUCCAAAAAGCCUUGACUAUAGAUCCAUGGCAUGUGAAUUCAUUAUAUGGAAAAGGUAUAUUAGAUAAUAUUUAUUAAAGGUGAAUGCCUAAGAAUGAUGAAUCAAUAUUAAUAAUCACUAGAAUGUUUCCAAAAAGCUUUGGUCACGCAUCCAUAGCAUAUAAAUUCACUAUAUGGAAAAGGUAUCUUAAAUCAUAUAUCUAAUAAAAGGUGAAUGCCUAAGAAUGAUGAAUCUAUUUGAUUAAGCGCUCUAAUAUUUCGAAAAAGCUUUGGCCAUAGAUCCAUAGCAUGUGAAUUCAUUGUUUGGAAAAGGUAAUGUUCUUUUAAUUUGUUAGCUUUUAUCUUAUUAGAAUAUAAUUAAUAUGACAACGCUUAUUCUUUGUAAAAUUAAGCAAAUUAAAUUAUGGAGAAUAAAUAACUUAGCGAUGUAUUUUUAAGUAAUUUAUUUAAAUUAAUUAGCCAUAUACACCGAAAAAUUACAAAAAAAAUGA